AUGACCUGCUUGGGUCUAUUUCAUUCAGCAGAUCCCUAUGCAAAUGGCCAAUUGAUACAUUCAGCUUGUAACAGCUCUACCAGGCGUCAGGCCAUCUGUCAAGCAACUCCUACUUCUGGCUAUUUAUCGAAGCUCCAGCAGUUAUCGCAUCAACGAAAUGGUCACCCGCAGACUCCAGAUUCCCAAGCUCAGACAAAUGAGCAAAAACAGCAACUAAGUGAACGAGAAAAUAUGAACGAUACUAAAUUAGUCGCAUGGUCGAGUUUUGCUAACUGGUCCUGCCAAACUGGAUUUAGUUUGGGCCUAUUACCUGGAUCAGAUCUUAGCGUCCUUUCUGAAAAGAGAAGGACCUCAGCCCAACUUAAACACAUUCUGCCUGCUUGCUAUAGACUGGUUCGGCCCCGUGAAUCCGUAACCUGGGAGAAAGCGGAAGGAAGGGAUUCGUUAUAUUGGCGUCACCGGAUACCAAAGGAAGGUUACCUUGGACUUUUGCCUGUUAAAUUGUGCGAAGAAGACCUCAAUUCAUUGUCCUACGACCCCGAUGACUCCGUGCUGAGCUUUCGUCCGUCAUGUGACGGACAUCGUUCGAGCCAGAACGAUCACCAAAAAACCUACACCAAGAAAGAAGCUGCGGCUCUCCGGGGCGCCGCGGAGCACAGUUUGUUCCGAUUCUCUUGUAUUUCUACAGAAUAUCUGUAUGCCCUUGCUUAUAACCUUGUCUAUUCUCAGUCUGCCAUCAAAAUGUGCAAGUCAGUUCAUCCAGAUGCUCGGCUACCUUACGUAGCUUCAGCAUUCGAGGCUAGUUUCUUCAGGGCCUGGCUACGUCAUCCGGUACAGUUAGGAGGCGCUGGGCUCAGUGCUAAUCAGUCGGUAUGGCUCGGGCUUAGAGUCCCUGCUUGUCCCAGGUGUUAUGGAGAACUAGAAGGACAUUAA